UCUCUUGCUUCAUGUAACCUCUAUAGCCACGACCACUACUUCUGCGACCCUCCCGCUCCUUGUUAGUAUGACUCUGCCUAAGCCUACUCUUGCUGUCCCCAUUGGUCAGCCCCCUAGUUCUGCGGUUGGAGGACCCGCCGUGCCUACUCCUGCUCAAGCUGUUCCUCACCCAGACAAGCCGAACAGCACAGAAGGCUUCAUAAUCACUAUGGCAAGCCUCUGCCGGCGCCCCAUCCUGGCGAGCGUCACCCCAAGCCUGUCCACGCCAAGCCUGUUCAGCCCAAGUCGUUCCACCUCCCGGUUUACCUACCCUAAAUGUAGUGCCGUAGAUGACAGAGACAGAACAUAGAGGCGG